UUUUUGUCCAUUGUAAGAAGACUUUAAUCGUCGUGGUACUACUAUUCAAGUAUCCAGUGUCCCCAAACCGCACACACGAGCCCCUCGCUCUCCUGUACAUCAUGCGCAUUCUUCUCUCCCCUUGUCCCCUCGCUCCCCGGCGCCCUUGCCGUCACCCCAUCAUGCAUCCUCUAUAAAACUCCAGCCUAUAAAGCUCCAAACCAACCAGCCGCCGGGGAUCGUCGAUCGCAGGCAAGGCCAAGCCAGUAUAAUCUAUCUGUCUGUAUCGUAAGCCAACGGCCAUGGCGUCAACGGCGACGACGACGGGGUCGCCGUGUGGGGCGUGCAAGUUCCUGCGGCGCAAGUGCGCCGCGGAGUGCGUGUUCGCGCCCUACUUCUGCGCCGAGGACGGGGCGUCGCAGUUCGCGGCGAUCCACAGGGUGUUCGGCGCCAGCAACGCCGCCAAGCUGCUGUCCGGGGUGCCGCCGGCGGACCGGAGCGAGGCGGCGGCCACGGUGACGUACGAGGCCCAGGCCAGGGUGCGCGACCCGGUCUACGGCUGCGUCGCGCACAUCUUCGCGCUCCAGCAGCAGGUGGCCGCGCUCCAGGUCCAGGUCGCGCACGCCAGGACGCAGGCCAUGGCCGCCGCUGCCGCUGCCGGCGGGCACCUUCUCCUGCAGCAGCAGCAGGGGCAGGGGUGGCAGAUGGGCGCGGAGCAUGACCAGUCGACGCAGAGCUCCGGGUGCUACGGCGGGUCCGACGGGUCCACGUCGCUGCAGCAGCACGCGGCCGAGGUGUACUGCUUCGGCGAGCAGGAGGAAGGCAGCUACUCCAGGUGAUUUGGUUGAUCGGUGUUCGGUGAAGAAGGCGUGUCGGAAAGCUAGUUCAAUCCACCUUUAAUUGCAGGCAGCUCCGGGCUCCUCCGGGGGAGUGUAUUCCUCGGACGGUUUCUCCUUCUCCAUCGGCAGCUGUAAAGCCUGAAUUCCAUGUGUACGUUCGGUCGGUUUCGAGAUUCAACAAGAACUCGUGAUUCAUUUCGAGCCGUGCAUGCAAGGAUCAAUCUUGCAAGUUGGGUCUCGUUUGUUACGAUGUCGAUUUCUGUAGGACCUCGGAUGUAUUUGCUGGAAUUCCUCUGUUCCGAUUUCCCUUUUCUAUAGCAAACCUGCGUUCCAAAUUCCAA